AUGUCUGUGGUGCAAAGCAGAGAGCAAAUCCACUGUGACCCUGAAUAUGUUCAGGUGAUCAGAGAAAUUCCCUAUGGAAACUGGGAUAAUGAGCUGCAGUGGUCGCUGUGUCUGGACGAUCACCUCCUUGUAGCUCUGGAGGAUGCCAGCUUGAUUCAGAUGAACAUUGAUGUGAAUGUAACAGACAUAAGAGUUCAGGGCAGGAGGAGGGAGAUCUUAAGGCCUGUCAAAAUAAUGGAAAAUGAAGGAGAAUCUUUGGAUUUGAAGCUGGUCAGAGACAGAUAUGCCUACAGUAUGGAAGCAACUUGUCCAAAAGUGAACGCAUCCACGGCAGACAAGACUGUGCUGCACAUCCUCAAACGCCGAAUGGGUUUGACCAGAAGAGGCACCUAUCACAAUGAAGCACUGACACUCAGUGACCUGUCAGUUAACCAGACAGAUACUUUCACAGUGCAUGAGACGAGUGAAUUUGUAACUCUGUCCAUUCCCACAGCCCAAAUACUCCAGACAAAACCCUGCACAGAUGACAACCGGCUCCUGCAGCCGUUCUACAGGGUGGAUGCUGUGCUCACCUUCAGAGAGACAAAUCACAAAAUGCACUGGACCAUGGAGUGCACGCUGCCAUGCAUAGCUGCACCUGAUAACACAUCAUCACAUGUCACAUCUUCUCCUGGCCCAAACAACAUAACCCCAUCCACACUCGACUCUACACGUGAGACUGUAACUACAGACGAGCCUUUGCCCGACCUCGUCACCAUCCCAGAAGAAAACCUAAAAGAGAGAGAUUCGUUCAAGCCUGCAAAGUUUCCCACAACUAAUCUUCCUCACAUGCUGAGAGAGGGCCGCAGUUUUAAUAUCCACGCUGAUGAGAUAAUAAGGGAUGAUGUGUCUUCUUCAGUGUUGGAUAAUGGCACCAGUAUCGACAUUAACGCAAAUACAACUAGUUUCUUUGAUUUUCUACAUGCAGCUACAAAUGUUUCAGCAGAAUCAGACUUGCUUACGUCAGCAGCCACAGCCCAAACACCACAUAUGUCUCUUACCACACUGGCUCAGCCUGAUAAAGAGUACCAGGAACUCAACACAACCAGAAGGAAUGAACAACAGCAAAAGGAGAAAAAACUGCAGUGGAUUUGGUAG